CGUAAUAAGACACUUCUGACGAUAUGUGUUGAUGGCGAAAAUUAUUUUCAAAGUACUUUCAGCAGAGAGUGCGUUUGUUAUGUAACAUGAUUUAGCACAUUCCCUGCUCCAAGUUACCCCGAGCCACGCAAUGAGCGUGCGCCAAACACAGAGCGCAGACGGGCGACACGCACUAGUAUCACCGAGGCGUUCGGAAUUAAAAAUCAAAUAAAGAAAUACGUUCUACAAAAGAAUAAUAGGCAAAAUACUACUUCUGAUUAAUACGAGGGAUGGAAUUCCCUGUGGAUGUCCUGGCCACCUUGAGCCAUGAAGAUUUGGUGCAUUCAGCUGAAGAUUAUAUGUCUGACCUCCUCUACAGUAACCCUGACAACGCUGAGCACUUCUCACUUCCAAACUCCCGACGGAUCCCUCUGACCAUUUCGAAUGUAGGCUUUGUCCCUCUCUAUGGAUCUGACCUCAGACACAAAGUGUUAGCUCUUUUCUCUCCAGAAGACCAGUUCACAGCUGUGGCUCUGUAUCUGGGAGAUCAAUGGUGGGCUGUGGAGGAUAUUCUGAAAACUGCAGACCCUUCUCGAAAGGGGCUCCUGAAGGUGCGGAGUCUUGGGGAGAAAAUAGCGCUGUACGCGCUCAACCGCAUAGUGUACAGAUCGAAGGAGAUGAGCCAAAAUGAAGUGCCUUUUCUUUGCCACAGUGCAAGUGAUUAUGCCAAAAUUCUCUGGAAAAAUGGUGAAGCUGUUGGCUUCUACUCGGUCAAACCCACAGGAAGCUUGUGCAAUAGCUUUUUGACUCAGCGUUACCUUCUGCCUGUCAUGGAUUCCAUAUUUGUCCGGAAGAUUCACCGUGGUAAUGGGCAUGGCCUUCAGAUACUGGAGGACUUUGUGGAUUGUUUCAAAGAGGACUCGCUUGGGUUGAAGUAUCCCCUUUCACAGGCCAUGUUAAAAGUGUGUGGACAAUACCUUAACACAUAUCCAGCCGACCGGGAGUUGCUGUGGGAAGUGGAAAGUGUUGGAGGCCCGUUCCAGAGAUGCAGAAUAGCAAGCAAGCUUCAGUCAAUUGCUGUGAGCGGCCUUUGUCUGGAAGAUGCACUUUUGCAUGAGAACGACAUAGCCAUGGAAGAGGAGGUGCAAAAAGAAACCCUAUCAAACUCUGUGGAAGUCACGGAAGUCACGAUGGUCAAUAAGCACCUCAGAGCUGACACUGAAGACAUGCCUGUCUCAACUCGUACCAGAGGCAGCGGUUAUAGACGCAAACGGAUAAGAGAGGAAGUAGAAGUUACUGAAGAAAGUCUGCCUGACAAAAUAACCAGGGUGGAUGAUUCUGCAACAGCAAAGGUGGCAAACUCUGAAGGGGAGACCCCAGCAGAGGAGGGACAACUGGCCCCAGAUGAUGAUGAAGGGGAGGGGGAGGAGCAACCAGAUGAGGAAGUGGAAGAUGGGGACAAGGAGGAACUAAGCCCUGUUAACAAGGAAGUGGAGAAGCCUGUGGGUCAAGAAACACCGGCACAAGAAGAGGAGAAUCUGACCCUGGUGGAGCAGUUGGCCAAGGUGGUGGCGGAGCAAAUAAAUGGCGAAGUGACAGAAGACUUUGGUAAAGAGGAGGGGGAAAUCACUGAGGAACCAGCUGCUGUGGAAGAGAACUGUACCCAAGAGGAAGAGGAGGGCCAGAAGGAUGUGGACAUGGAGGAGGCAAUUGAGGAUAUCGUGGAGGAUAAGGACACUGGAGGGGCAGUUCCUGAAGGACCAGAGGAGCAGACAUCAGCAGUAGAGGAGUCCUUGCAUGCUGAGCAGGCUUCUUCUGCAGAAGAGCCCUUGCCAACUGAGGAGGAGCAGACAUCCCCAGUAGAAGAGGCCUUGCCAACAGAGGAGGAGCAGACAUCCCCAGCAGAAGAGGCCUUGCCAGCAGAGGAGGAGCAGACAUCCCCAGUAGAAGAGGCCUUGCCAACAGAGGAGGAGCAGACAUCCCCAGCAGAAGAGACCUUGCCAAAAGAGGAGGAGCAGACAUCCCCAGUAGAAGAGGCCUUGCCAGCAGAGCAAGAGCAGACCUCCCUAGGAGAAGAGGCCUUGCCAGCAGAGCAAGGGGAAAUCUCCCCCAUUGAAGAGGUUGAUGUAGAUGAACAGGCCUCUACAGCAGACGAAGCUUUGUCAUCAGAAGAACACGCGGCUCCAACAAAGGAAGAGACCCCACUAGUGGAACAGGAGGAAGAGGCACAACCAGCAAAGGAAGAGGAUCUUCCAGAAGAAGCCAUGGCAGUGGAGGAACAGUCGCCAGCAGCAGGGGAAGCCUUGGCAGCAGAAAUGGAUUCAUCAGUGAAUGAGGACACAUCAGUAGACCCAGUAGAAGAUACUGUAGAUCACCAGAAGGCUCCAGAACUAGAAAAGCCAGCCCCAGAAGUAGCUGAUGGAGCCAUAGUUGUACUUGAUAAAGUAAUACCCGAUAAUGAGGAGGAAGGGAUGGAAGAAAAGCGGAGUACUGAAGCUGCUCCCUUGGAAAGGGUAAAUUCUCCCAGCGAACCCAGUCCUCCAUUAGACAAGGACACAAUGAACCUCAGUCAAGAUGCUGUUCUGCUUGUUGGUCUGAAGGAGGUAACAUAUUGCCUAAAUGGAGACAAUGAGAAUGAUCGGACUGCACAGGAAGUAGAGAAGAUGGAGGAGGAGGUACCAAAAGGAGAUGUAGCAGAAAAAGGGAAGGACACUGAGGAGGAAAAGACUGAGGAAGAGAAAGCCAGAACUACUGAGGAGGAGGAGGAGGUGGAGGUGGAUGAUGGUGAAACUCUAGAACUGAGCUCGGACGACGACAGUGAGCCUCCAGUUGUGGACAUGACAGGUCUCAGGAGGAAGAACAAAGAAAUCCAAGCACCCCCCAAACGCAAGUCCACACGGCUCAACAAGAGACCGCUGGAGGAUGACCAGACAGCGGUGUCGGAGCUAGAAGAUGAAAGCAUGGAGAAAGAGGAGGAAAACGCCACAUCAACAGAGGAAGAAGCAGUAGAGAAGAGUUCCGAUGAGGCAGAUGAGCCUCCAGUUGUGGACAGGAGAGUUCUGAGACGGAAGACCAAAGUAAUUCAGUCACCAUCUAAACCCAGAGGGAAACGGCGCAGUAAGACCUAAACAAGUCAUAGUAUGCAGGCUGGAAGAAGGAUGACUUUUUAAAUUUGGGAUGGGGGUGGGUCUCAUUGUGGGUGUAGGGUUGUGAUUUUAUGCUGUAAGAUUACCAAAAAGCAUUUUCUUUUUUUCUAAAGCUAAUUUUGGGGAGAAAGGAGAGGUUUUAGACUUUUUUUUAAUACAUUUAAAUACUGCUUAGCAUUGCUGUUGACUGAUUUUUUCCAUUUUCAGGUGUGCUGAAACAUUUUCACAGGUCUCCUCCUUUUAUGUUCUCUAUAUAUACACAUUGUAGUAGAUUGACAUUUCUGUAAGUUAUUGUAGGCUUUUCAUUCUGGUUAGAAUUUUUUACUUGACUCACAAAAAUACAUUGUAUUGAAUAUUUAAAGAGGGUGGUGUGGAGUUAAAUAUUUUUGCUGCUGGAGUUAAGAAGUGAAGAAAUAAUCUCAGAAUUAAGUUUUCCAUGUAUAUUCCACAAACACACUAGGUCUGAUGUCUUGAUAAAACUUUCAAGCGACUAUGGUCUAUGGAAAGCUUAAAACAGCCUGAUUCAGAAAACUAUCAGAUCAUAAGUUGCUAAAACCUGUAUACGUGACUAACACACACACUUUAAUUAUUUACAUUUAUGAAUGGGCAUAAUUGAAUAGGAUACAGGUAUUAAACAGUAAGAGGAAAAUUGUAUUUGGAAAAUAAGUAAUUGCCUUUUUCUUUAGAUAAAUAUGUGAAUGAAACUGGCUUUCUUGUUUUAGUGACUGUAAAAGGGGAAACAAAAACGCUAGCCAGAGGCGAUUGGGUUCUCAGUCUUGUUUUCAAAUGAAAAGUAAGAUGGAAAUAUAAUCAGAAUUAAAAUUAUGGGGUUCUGUAAAUUAAUUCAAAUUAUUAAAAUGACAUGGUCAUAAUAUAGUGAUUAACAUAAGCCUAUGUUUUGGCUAGAUUUGACAUUUAAAGCUAUUAUUAAAGUUACUCAAAUUAUUAUUCAUACCAAAAAUAUUUUCUAAAAAUAUAAGGGGGAAAAAAAACAGUGCAACAUUCACUGUAAAAUAAAAAAAAAGUAUUUUUUUUUACACAUUUCUUAGCUGAAAAACAUUCUGAAAUUGUAAUUUAUCCACAAAUGUGUUUCAAAAUGAACGUUACUGAUUUUAAGUGAAUGUUGUGCUUAGGAAUUUAUUUUAGUGCUGCAAACUUGCUCAAGUUUGUCAGCACUUCAAAAGUAAGAAUAGAAGCAUUCCAAAAUUGACGUAAAUUGUCAAAUUGGAUGGCCGAAGAAUAUGCUGUCAGGGGUCAUUGUUUGCCUAUCAAAGUUUAAACAUUUUUAAUGGUUUUAUUAAAAAAGUACAGUUUAAAAUGUUGAUCCUACAUAAUGUGAUUGCUUUAGCUUUUAAGUGCAGUACACAAUGACACAUUAAAAUAUGUCCCUGUAAAAUAUACAGCAUUUGAUUUAUAAAACUGCUCAAGAUUACCUUGGUGGAAGUUAAAUUAAUUCAGUCUGUGAAGCCAAAGCAGCUUUUGAGCCAUUAUGCUUAUCUACCUACCUUGUUUUUCAUUUUGUGUGUUUACAUCUUGAUAUAAUUGGAAGUUUAGUAGAACUUUUUAUAUGAAUGUUUUUAGUUCUUAUAUUAGUAUUCAGAAAAGUACCCUUCUGAUAUUUCACUAUAGGCUUAAGCUGUGAUACCCAGAGUAACCAAUCACCUGUUGCUGGUUAAUUACACCAUCCCAGAAACUCAAAGCUGUCGAUUUUAGGUCAUGGACUAAAACACUGCCAUAUUGAUCUACAGUAUGGUGAUGUUAGUUCAGGUUUUCUCAUAUUUUGGUACUAUUAAAAUACAAGAGAAUACCACAUUUAAUGUUGUCUAGUUCUAUAGAAGGACUCACAUUGUUUUCUUAUACUCUGGUAACCCUAUAACUUUGUGUCUGUUUGUUCACUCCAGAGAGACAGUUGAAAAUGUACAUAUUUAAGAUAAAUCACAUCACUUAAUCAUGUUUUAAAGUGCCGAUUUCGCUCUAGCCUUCAAAAGUCGACUGCAUAAAUAACAUAAGCACAGUCACAUGAGAAUGGAAGAUAGAAGUUUUUUUUUGUAUUUUGAAGAGGAAUGCAAAUGUAGGUGGAAGCACAAAUUUAACCAGGCUGUCCCCUGUUCAGGUUUUACACAUUCACUUGUUCUUUUACUUUCUUGAUUUAAAAAAAUGGUUUGCAUUUGACUUCCACAUUUAUGCAAUAUAAAAUUCCGAAAGGUACAUAUGGCUGUGUUCCAUUUUAUUAUUAUUUCAGCAGGUGUCCUCAUAAUGUUGUGUUGCUACAUAUCUGUCAAGAAGUGACUUGAGCCUUAACGGUCUGCUACCAGUGAUUUUUGAAUUUAUGACGUUUUCGCAAGGACAGAUUUCAGGCAAUUGGCUGUGUGAAGGCUGUAACACGGGACAUUUCUCAAGUGAUUCUCUGUCAGUGAAUAAACAUUCUUGUUUAACAACUUAA